AUGAGUUCCUUACAAUUUGACAAAAGGAAUAGAGGCACUCAGGUGGGAAUCAACUAUGGGACGAUCAAUGUAUCAACGGUGGACCGGUUCCACAUCCCACUCGAUCUGACUGCGGUCCCACUGAUCGAGAAUUUCGUGGGGCGCCAAGAGGAGCUUCAUGACCUGUGGGAGUAUCUACGGCCAGUCGAUGGGUCUUCACGCAAAGUCGCCAUUCUACACGGGCUGGGUGGGAUGGGAAAGACACAACUGGCUGUUCGCUUCGCACGAACUCACAAAGCGGAUUUCUCUGCCAUCUUCUGGCUGAGCGGGAACGACAAAGGCGCACUUCUACAAUCCUUGAGCUCUGCACUAUCCCAAGUACUAGGGGAAUUCCCGGCCCUUCAGUCGGUCGACGAUGGUCACACAAAGCAGCGCGCGAAUCAGAUGCUUCACUGGCUCGCAUCAGAGGGUAAUUCCCGCUGGUUGGUCAUCUUCGACAAUGUCGAUCAGUACUCGUCGGUUGAGGAUGCCAUGACCGGUGCCUAUGAUAUUGGGAGUUUCCUUCCUCCUGCAGACCACGGCUCUAUCUUGAUCACUUCCAGGAUUCAAGACCUCACACACCUGGGCCGAUCUUUCCCUAUCUCGCGGCUGAAUACAGGCGAUGCGGUAACACUAUUGCUGCAAAAUCAUUAUCUCCCAGCAGAAGACGUCUCUGGAGACCUUGAAAGCUACCCAGAUAUCAUGGCGCUUGUCAAAUGUCUGGAUGGGCUGCCAUUGGCAAUCGCCGUUGCCGCGGCCUUCAUGCGACAAACUGGAACUACCAUAUCAGAGUACUUACAGCUCUACCAAAACUCUUGGUCAGAUCUCCAGGCCCAAUCAAGUCCUGGGCGCCAAUAUCCCCAAGGGGAUAUGUCACAAACAUGGAUGAUCUCGUAUGAAGAGGUUAAAAAGCGGAAUUACAGCGCUGCGGUACUUUUGCUUUUAUUCGCUCACUUUGACAAUCGAAAUAUCCCGUCUGAGCUCGUCAGAGCCGGUCGCGACCAUCCGACCUGUGCCUGCCUAAGAGAGAUCAUGUCAGAUACACUCUUAUUCAAAUCCACUGUGAAACUCCUCUUGAGGUUUUCUCUGCUUGAAUACAAGCAGCAAGAGGGAAGCUACGCCAUGCAUCCAGUGGUACAGAAAUGGUGCCUUCACGUUGCUGAUACCGACAGUGAUAUGGACUCCGCUUGUCUCAUCUCGAUCGCGCUUGUAUCUGUCGAGGCAAUGGUCCCAAAGAUAUCUGACAAGAGCUACACGGAAAGCCGACAAAGCCUCAUACCGCAUGUGGAUUGUAUUAGGGCUUUUGACUUAUCGGUCGUGCAUGCUCCUCUCCUUUGUCAAAAAGUUCCGAUACUGGCACUAUUCUACAUCGGGAUUGGUCGCUCGAAAGAAGCAGAACAGUUGUGCCAGAUGUCACUCCCGGAGGACGGAUCAUUGAGGAGAGAAAAUUUCGCCGCGCUUCUUACACUGUCGAAUUUAUACGCUUAUGAAGGCAAAUUAAAAGAAGCUACUGUUACCUUACAGCAAUUACUGGCGAAUCAACGUGACGUGCUCAUGUCUGAACCGGUCGGCGUACCACUUCUCCAGAUUAGCUUGGGCAAUAUCCUCUGGCGACAAGCAAUGUUUGACGAGGCAGGAAAGAUGUUCUCCCAAGCACAAGUGAGCUAUAAGAAGGCCUAUGGCCAAGACCAUGAACCGACGCUUCUCGCGACGGACGACCUAUGGCGCAUCUUAUUUCUCUUAACCUUUGACGCGCGCGACAGGUUAGGACUUGUGUAUCUGGAACAAGGUAGGUUAGAAGACGCAGAAUCAAUCUCUGCAACGUCCUUGACAAGCUGUGAGAAUACCUUUGGAAGGAAUCAUAUGUACACUUUCAAUGCUACGGUAAUGCUGGGCCGUAUCUACUGUCAUCAGGGGAGGUGGAAUGAAGCUCAAGACAAGCUAGAGGGUGCUUUAGCGGGGUAUGUUGAGGUUCUCAGACAUGACCAUCUGACACACCCUGGGCCCGAACGGCUCUGGAAUGUCUUCACCACAUUUAUCGCGCAAAGGGCAUGUUGA